AACAACCGUCCUCCUGACAAGUGGAGCUCUUGAAUAAGAGUGGGUUGUUUUCUUUUCUGUUUUAGUUUAACGCCAGUAGCCUAUUAGCCAUCGAUAUUUGUUUUUAUCACUUCAGAAAUGGAUAAUGAAUUAGACGAAGAAACAUUACAAGAGCUGUACGCGUGGAUUGAUAAAAUACCUCUCUCCAGACCAAAGAGGAACAUCACUAGAGACUUCAGCGACGGAGUGAUGGCUGCGGAGGUCGUGAAACACUUUUUCCCCAAACUGGUGGAGCUCCACAACUACACACCGGCCAACUCCACCCAACAGAAGCUGAGUAACUGGAGCACCCUGAACAGGAAGGUGUUUCCCAAGCUGAGUUUCCACGUUCCCGAGGAGGUGGUGCGCAGGAUAGCCAUGAGUGUGUCCGGCUUCAUCGAGCCUGUCCUGUGCGCGCUGCGGGAGAGGAUAGAGAGCAAGAGAAUGGCCAGAGGGGGCGACAACAUGCAGCAACUGGAGUACUACAGUGUCUCCCAAGAGAAGCCACACAAAGAGAACGGAGACAUUAUGACCGAGUCAGUCCAGACUAAGGACGUCCCCAUGAGGAAGAUUAAAGACAGGCCAGAGAUGGGUGUUGCGCUGGGUUCCCAUUUAGACCCGUCCGUUCGUCUGAUGAUGGAGGAGAAGGAGCAGGCACUGCUCACCCUGCGCGAGACCGUGGAGAUCCUGCAGAUUAAGGUGAACCGGCUGGAGCACCUGGUUCAGCUGAAGGACCUGCGCAUUGAGGACCUCACACAACACCUGGAGCGCUACAAGACCCGCGCCAAGCUCAGCUGAGCCCCAGUGAGCAUGCUCACAAUCCACCCCCUCCCAUCUGAGCAUGCUCAUAACCUCCUCCCAUCUGAGCAUGCUCACAACCCCCUCCCAGAACCACAUCUCAUCUGAGCGUUCUCAGAACCCACCCUGCUCCCAUGUGAGCGUGCUCAGAACCACAUCUCAUCUGAGUGUGCUCAGAACCCACCCUGCUCCCAUGUGAGCGUGCUCAGAACCACAUCUCAUCUGAGCGUGCUCAGAACCCACCCUGCUCCCAUCUGAGCGUGCCCAGAACCCCUUCCCCAGCCUAGAAUCUUCUUCACCAGGACCAAUCAGGGAUUCCCACCUGCACAGACAAUUAACCAUGUUUCUCUCAGUAUAUGGACGCUCUUAGUAAAAAUAAGUCUACAAUAAAAAAAAAGACGCCUUUUAUUUUGUAAA